AUGUCAGUCCAAUCCAAACUUGCGCGUUGGUAUCUCCAAUUAAGAUAUGGCCAAAGUAAGACUCCGAAGGUAUUGUUGGCCUUGGUGGUUUGUGCCAUUACUGGCAAAAUAAUCAGUCAGGUUUUCUUGAAUAGAGGUUGUCCUAAAGGUAAGUCCACGUUCUUAGUCAUAUCAUGGCAAUAAGUCAUCGUUCUCAGUCAAAAAAGUAAGAAGAAUAUCAUGGCAAUUACUAAAAUAUUGUAGUAAUUGCCCUUAAGUUACCAAAUAGAUCUCAGUAUUAUAGUACUUGCCUUAUGCUACUAUUAGGUUGUUAAAAUAAUUAUGUGCCCUUUUCAAAGAAAAUUUUCGGGUUUAGGAAGCACAGAAUUAUUUGAACAACCUAAUAUAAAAAGCUAACAAAGUAUGUCCUAUCAAGGUAUUUACCAUGCCCUAUUCUUGUCUGGUAAACCAUUUUCCCCACUUCAAGCCAGACCCUACUAAACUGACCUUUACCGUAGACCUUAAUCAUACAGAUGUUAACAAUCCAUUACUGUGGACUUUUAACACUUUUUGGCAAAAAAUUAAGCCUCAAACCUUCCACUCCGUUUGUAAUUGAAAAAAAAUUAAUGACUAGAGUUAUAUUGUUUUAGUCGAACAUGUCAAAAAGAGUAAGAGAAAGAAUGCAAUCAACCCAGAAUUCUUCAAACAGUUCCAAUACCUUCUCAAGAUCAUGAUACCCAAGUUCUUCUGCAGAGAAACUGGCAUUAUUGGUAUGUUUUACAGAUGCUUUCACUAACUUGUAGGUCGUAGAUGUGUUUCUGAAUGGUAAAUAUCAAGUUGUUCAAGUAAUUCUGUGCUCCCUAAUACCGGAAAUUUGCUUUGAGAUAGAGCACAGAAUUAUUUGAAUAACCCAAUAGAAAUUGUUUUUUCGAAUUGUAACUACUAUGAUUCUACUGAAGAUAUAUCAUUUACUUUUUUGUAAAAUACGGUCCCUUUAUCACCGAUCAAUAAAUAUAUUGUAGACCUAUUAUCUAUUAUUAACAACAAUAUCACAUUUAGGUAUCCACUCCUUCGUACUAAUCAGUAGAACUUUCCUGUCCAUCUACGUAGCUGCCUUGGAAGGUCGUAUGAUCAAAGCCAUCGUACAAACCAACGUAUCACAGUUCACGUGGUUAAUGUGCAAAUGGAUUAUGGUAGCUGUGCCAGCGACUUUAGUAAACUCUUUGAUCCGAUUCUUCGACUCUUACAUUGGUUUAGUGCUCAGGGAACGGCUCAGCAAACAUGCUUACAAGCUUUACUUUGAGGUAAGUGGCUUUGUAUAUAUAUAUUUGACCCAACUCCUAAUUUGAGUCAUAUAUCUUUAUGUGAUUGAUCUAGCUACAACAAUAUAACACGAUCGUUGACGUAAAGGUACUCAUAGUACAGUAUUACGUCAAGAACGUUAGUAAAUCACUAGUUUACAGACCAUAAACAAAUAAUGUAAUUUCAGAACGACGUAUACUACAAAGUGUCGAACGUCGACACCAGACUGUUGAACGUAGACCAAUGUCUGACCGAAGAUAUAUCCAUGUUCUCGAGUCAAGUAGCCCACCUCUACUCCCAAAUCACCAAGCCAUUGUUUGAUAUUGCCCUAAUCACGUAAGUGGCUACAGUAACAUUAGCAUCUUCGUUUAGGAUCACACUUGAAUAUUUGGUAAAAACACUGAUACUAUCAGAAUCACCAUAGCCAGAGCUUUGCUCAUAGCCUCGCUUCUAUUCCUAUCCCUAGUUUUGGCCCUAGCCCUAAAUAUUCUGAUAGUAUCAAGUUAGGCAUAGAUAACAUCAGAAUCUGAUGGUAGAUCAAUAUGAAAACUAACACAUUCUUUGUUUAGGAUAACACUGAUCAACUACGCACGACGAAGAGAAGUGGGUAAUACAGUUAUGAUACCAGUAGUACUGGCAUGCGUUAUAGUAUCAGCUACUGCAAGGAUACUAAAGAAGGUCUCUCCACGGUAAGUCGAAAUCGCUACUAUUUUGUAUUCUGAGAUCGUGCAUAAUAUUAUACUUUGAAUAGAUAUAUAAGGAAUAUACGAUUAUUAACGCUGCGUUAAUAUCUUUAGGUUUGACAACAUGAUAGCGAAGGAAGCCCAUCUAAAAGGUCAUUUACGGUACCUACACUCAAGAGUCAUCACAAAUUCUGAAGAAAUCGCUUUUUACAAAGGACAACAGGUAAGAAACGACAACUUAUAUACUGUCGUUAAAUAAUGACACCGCCAUACCUAUAUUUACAACUAAUAGUUAUAGGUAUUGAAUAUCAUUUCACCCAUACCCACAACAAAUAUUCGAAUUUCAGGUAGAGCACAACCUUCUGAAGAAGGCCUUCAAAGACCUAUAUGACCAAACCCUUUACAUCUUCAAAAAACGUAUCCCCUACGUAGCCAUCGAACAGUUCCUAAUGAAGUACGUUUGGUCAGCUACAGGCAUGGCAAUGAUCGCCAUUCCCAUCCUGUUCACCCACAACACCAAGAUCGACAACGACCCUGAUGGUGGAGUAAGUGAGCGAACCAGAGGCUUUGCUACCGCCAAAAAUCUACUGUACUCUUCGGCCGACGCCGCCGAGAGGUUGAUGGUAUCUUACAAAGAGAUCAACGAGUUGGCAGGAUAUACCGACAGAGUACAUCAGAUGUUCAAGGUGAUCGAGGAAGUCAAGAACAACAAGUUCGAGCGAGUGGGUGAUGUUGAACAGCGAGGAGAGAAGUAUGACAUCAGCAAGGUAGAGGGUAGUAUCAUCGAGAGUAGUGGGUUGAUCGAGACCACUGACAUGCCUAUUGUCACACCGAAUGGAGAUGUUAUUGUCAACAACUUUAACGUUAAAGUAAGUUGAUUAUAAAUGGCAUUGUAGUAAACCUUAUGAUAGACGUUAGAUUUACUUUUACCUUACCAUAGAGCAGACUCUGGUUACAAAAAACAAUACAUUACCAAUUAUAUGUUUACUAUAGCAACAGUUACUGUAAAAAAGUAUUUAAAUACUAAAUUUGUACAUUUCAGAUCGAGCCGGGCACCCAUGUCUUCAUAACCGGCCCCAAUGGCUGUGGUAAAUCUUCGUUCUUCCGUGUCCUAGGCGGACUAUGGCCAGUAUAUUCUGGUACUCUCAAGUGUCCCAAACGCAACCAAAUGUUCUACAUUCCACAACGACCAUACAUGACAUUGGGGACGUUGAGGAAUCAGAUCAUAUACCCAGAUAGUCACGCUGUCAUGAAGAGUCGCGGAUUCACUGACCACGAUCUCAUGCGGAUUCUGGAUACUGUAACAUUGGGGCAUAUAGUGGAAAGGGAGGGAGGUAAGGGCUUCAAUUAUAUUUUUUUUAGAUUUUAAAAUGGCUGCUUUAAAUAAAAGCGUAUUUUACACUUUCUAUAGGCUACAGUUUCAUUAUCCUUUAUAUAUUGGUACUGACAUGUAUAUUAUCCAUGAUGUAAAUAUUAAAAAAUGAAUCAAACACUUAUAUUACCCACCCUUUCAGGCCUCUCGGCCCACUCCGACUGGAUGGACGUGCUUUCCGGAGGUGAGAAACAGCGUCUAGGCAUGGCCAGAGUACUGUACCAUCAGCCAUUGUACGCUCUUCUUGAUGAAUGCACUUCGGCCGUAUCUAUCGAUGUAGAAGGCAAGAUAUACCAAGCGAUUAAGGAUGUUGGUGUGACAUUACUAACCAUCUCACAUCGCCCAUCCCUGUGGCACUUCCACUCCCAUCUUCUGAAGUACGAUGGCUACGGAGGCUACGAGUUUGGAAAGAUGAAGGAAUCUGACCUGCCAAGUGUUCAGAACGGUCAUUAA